CCCGCGGCUCGCGCCUGCGCCGCCGCUCGGUCUCGGGAACGCGUGCCCCGCCAGCGCGCUCGCCCGCCGUCCCCGCCACCCACCAGCGACGGCACUAGCAGCCGCACCGCCGCCACCGCCCACCUUCUGCCGCCGCCGACGCCCCGGCAAGCGCCUCCUCGGCUGUCCUCUCCAGUCCUCGCUCUCUGCCGACUAUCAGGUGACCGGUGAAUCAGCAUGGCUGAGCCCCGCCAGGAGUUGGACAUGACAGAAGACCAGGCUGGAGGCUACGCCCUACACCAGGACCAGGAGGGCGACACGGACCCCGGCCUGAAAGAGUCUGCCCUGCAGAGCCCCGCUGAUGAUGGAUCUGAGGAACCAGGUUCUGAGACCUCUGAUGCUAAGAGCACGCCGACAGCCGAAGACAUGACAGCGCCCCUAGUGGACGAGAGAGCUCCCGGCGAGCAGGCCGCCGCCCAGCCCGACGCCGACAUCCCCGAAGGAACCACAGCUGAAGAAGCCGGCGUUGGAGACACCCCCAAUCUGGAAGACCAAGCUGCGGGACACGUGACUCAAGAGGAGGCAACCGUUCCCAGCUGGCAGAGGGAAGUACCUGUGAGGCCCCUGGCCAAGGAGCAUAGCGCUCACAUUCAGCCUGGCCAUGGUGGAGGAGUGCCUGGUAUCUCAGUGCCACCCGUUGGCCAGAAAGAGCCGGAAGCCAUAGCUGGGUUGCUGGACCACCUUCCACUGCAGCAUCCUGUCUUCCCAGAGCUUCCACCACCAGGAGGCCCUCUGGAGUCCCCACAAGAGUCGGAGCUGAAACAUGGGGACCUGGCCAGGGAGGGCCUGGAAUUCCAGAAGCCUGCCUUCCCUGGAUCUCUGCAGAAGGAACCUGAGAUCAUGAAGGCCCGGGAAAGCCUGCUCGGGGAGCCAGGGCUCCAAGCAAGCCAGGCCUCAGGCACAGAGACCCUGGGGCUGCCCCAUCAGAGUGUGUCUGACAUGUGGGGGGCUCCUCUUGGGCCUGAAGGCCCUUCCGGAGAAGCUGCACUGCAGCUCUUGGGGCCGGGGCCUGGGGGCGCUGAAGGAAGCCAGGAGGGGCCGGCUCUGAAUGGGCAUCAUGGCAAAGAGAGGCUGGGGUCCCAGGGGGAGGCAGAUAAAGACCGUGACAUCGAUGAGUCGUCCCAGGCCUCCCCAGACCAAGGCAGGUCACCCUCUAAGAGGUCUGCCCGAGAAGCUUCAGCCGGCACCCUGGGGUCCCCACUCCCUGUUGACCUUCUCACUGAAGUGACCACAGAGACCAAGGUCGCAGCCUCCACGGGGCUGAUGGCAGUGGUGCCCCUGGAGCCCACCCUCCAUGUGGAGGCCAGGGCUGGCACCCAGCAGCAGCAGCAGGCAUGCUCAGAGUCGGACUUGGAAGGGACUGUGCUUUCGGGGGACCCUGCAGAGAAGCAAGAAGCCCAGGAUCCCUCUUUGGGACAGGGCACCCAAGAAACCGACCUUCUGGCACCAUCUGGAAAGCACCCCGUGGCCGGUCGGCCAGCCAGGCCCAUCAGCCGGGUCCCUCAGCUCAAAGCUCGCAUGGUCAGUAAAGGCAGAGAUGGGGCUGGAAGCGACGACAAAAAGGCAAAGACAUCCACACCUUCCUUUGCCACGAGCCUGAGAACUAGGCCUUGCCUUAGCCCCCCACGUCCCCCUCCUGGUAGCUCAGACCCUUUGAUCAAACCCUCCAGCCUUGCUGUGUGCACAGAGCCAGACUCCUCUCCCAAACACGUCUCUUCUGCCACUCCCCGCCACGGCAGUUGUGGAGCGAAGGAGAUGAAAUUCAAGGGGGCUGAUGGGAAAGCUGGAUCGAAGAUCGCCGCACCCCGGGGAGCGGCCCCACCUGGCCAGAAAGGCGCUGCCAAUGCCACCAGGAUUCCUGCGAAAACCACGCCCUCCCCCAAGACCCCACCCGGCUCUGAAGUUACCAAACAAGUGCAGAGAAAACUGCUCCCUGCAAGGCCCAAACUGGAGCCAGGUGACUCUGGGAAAUCCGGGGACCGCAGCGGCUACAGCAGCCCUGGCUCCCCGGGCACCCCCGGCAGCCGCUCCCGCACCCCGUCCCUGCCAACCCCGCCCACCCGGGAGCCCAAGAAAGUGGCGGUGGUCCGCACCCCGCCCAAGUCGCCGUCGUCCGCCAAAAGCCGCCUGCAGACGGCGCCCGUGCCCAUGCCAGACCUGAAGAACGUCAAGUCCAAGAUUGGCUCCACUGAAAAUCUGAAGCACCAGCCGGGAGGCGGAAAGGUGCAGAUAAUUAAUAAGAAGCUGGAUCUUAGCAACGUCCAGUCCAAGUGUGGCUCAAAGGAUAAUAUCAAACACGUCCCAGGAGGCGGCAGUGUGCAAAUAGUCUAUAAACCCGUGGACCUGAGCAAGGUGACCUCCAAAUGUGGCUCACUGGGAAACAUCCAUCAUAAGCCAGGAGGCGGCCAGGUGGAGGUGAAAUCUGAGAAGCUGGAUUUCAAGGACAGAGUCCAGUCAAAGAUUGGGUCCCUGGAUAACAUCACCCAUGUCCCUGGUGGAGGAAAUAAAAAGAUCGAGACUCACAAGCUGACCUUCCGUGAGAACGCCAAAGCCAAGACUGACCACGGGGCGGAAAUUGUAUACAAGUCACCAGUGGUGUCUGGGGACACAUCUCCGCGGCACCUCAGCAACGUAUCCUCCACCGGCAGUAUCGACAUGGUGGACUCACCCCAGCUUGCCACGCUAGCCGAUGAAGUGUCUGCCUCCCUCGCCAAGCAGGGUUUGUGAUCAGGCCUCCUCUGGGGCGGUCACAGUCGUGGAGAGAAGAGAGAGUGAGAGUGUGGGGAAAAAGCGUAAUGAUCUGGCCUUCCGCCUUCUCCCUCCUCGGCUGCUCCUCACAGAUGGGUUAAUUGGGUCAUCACCUGCCCUGCUUUUGUCACUUGGCUUGGGCUCGUCUUCAAAACCAUGAUGGGAGAGACAGCUGUUUUCCAAAUUAACAGGGGCUUGUAAUAAAACAGUUUGCAAACACACGUGGGAACCUGGCCACUCCCAACAUUUCCUUGGGCAAUUACUUUUGUUUUCCCCCAGAGUGGAAGAGGGAGAAGGAGCGGCUCUGCAAGCUGCCUCUGUUCCCAUCUUGGGAGCACGCAGGGGCAGUGGGCAAUAAAGCAUUUGAAACUUUG